AUGUUAUUACUUCACACUUUUAUAACGCAGCUAAUUUGUGUGAACACAAGAGGUGCGUUUUUGUGCGCUAGAGAAGCAGCCAACAGGCUAAAACGUGGAGGAGGUGGCCGGAUCAUCCUCCUCUCAUCUUCCCUUGUUCAAUCCUUGAAACCAUCAUUUGGAUCAUACACGGCUUCAAAGGCAGCCAUAGAAGCUAUGUCCAAAAUUCUUGCAAAAGAGCUCAAAGGAACACAUAUCACAGUUAACUGUGUUUCUCCAGGACCAGUCGCCACAGAGAUGUUUUAUUAAGGAUUGAGCAAUGAGAUAGUGGAGAGAGUGAAGGCGCAGAACUUAUUUGGUAGGCUUGGUGAGACCAAAGACAUAGCAAAUGUUGUUGGAUUCUUAGCCAGCGAUGCUUAGACAUAGCAAAUUUCCCUCUCAAAAUGAUUGAUGGAAGUUCUACCAUGAGAAACACCAAGAACCUGUCCAAACAAUUAAACAUAACUAUAUUCAUAGUGGUCUGGAGAUGGUUUUCUGAUCUGACUAGGAAAAUCACAUUAUCCUUGAG